AUCAAUCUAAUUUCUAGGGGCGUUUUUUAAUAGGAAUACAGGUGGGUAAGAAAUAAUACCAGUUUGUCGGUGUUUAGUUGGACUUGAAGUGGACCCAGUUUGGAUUGGAGAUGAGUUUUGAGUGGCCUUGGCAGUACAAUUUCCCCCCGUUUUUCACACUGCAGCCCAAUGCUGAAACCAGGCAGAAGCAGCUUGCGGCCUGGUGCUCGCUGGUGCUCUCAUACUGCCGCCAUCGGAAGCUCUACACUGUGGACGUGCUGGAGGUGCAGGAGAGCCCCAUGUUCAACAACAAGAAGAUCGAAAGAAAACUUUCCGUCGAGGCCAUACAAGUCGUUUUUGAGGAACUGAGGAAAAAAGGGAACCUGGAAUGGAUGGACAAAAACAAAGCACGCAGUUUAAUCAUGUGGCGAAGACCUGAGGAAUGGGGGAAGCUGAUUUAUCAAUGGGUGUCUAAAAAUGGCAUGGUCAACUCCGUGUUUACACUUUAUGAGCUUUCUAAUGGCGAUGACACAGAAACUGAAGAGUUCCACGGACUGGAGGAGUGCAUGCUGCUGCGUGCAUUACAGGCCCUGCAGACUGAAGGCAAAGCAGAGGUCAUCACGAUGGAUGAUGGGAAAGGAGUCAAAUUCUUCUGAUUUACCAAAUCACAUUUUUUCCGGACAGUGUUCAGAUGUUUUAAGCCCUGUCUGAACUUUUUUGAUCUACUGGGCUAGGCGCUCUGGUGGAAGGGCUUUAGGGUUUGGAUUUCCUGACACAGAUUAAGUAGGAUUUUCAAAUGCAGAAUCCUUAAAAAAAACAGAAAAAAAAAAAAGUCUUAAGGUGUGACUGAAAAAAGCAGCCCAAAAGCAUCAUAGCACUCCAUUACUUAACUGUUGCAUUGAAAGUCAUAACUGUGUAGAUAAACUUAAGUACAUUCAUAAUUAUUUUGCUGGACCCAUUCUGAAUUGGUGAUUGUUACAUCUGACAAAGUAGAGAUGACUUGCAUGCCUUCAGUGAGUUUGAUGUAGGAUUUCUCUGCCAAUGCGCAUGUAUGUAUGUAUGUAUGUAUGUAUGUAUGUAUGUGCAUUGGGAGAGGAAUUCAAGUAGAAUGAGAGCCUGCCAGAAUUUACAGCACAAAAUAAUUACACUAUUCAAAAUACACACAAAAAAAAAUUAUAUAUAUAUAUAUAUAUAUAUAUAUAUAUAUAUAUAUAUAUAUAUAUAUAUAUAUAUAUAUAUAUAUAUAUAUAUAUAUAUAUAAUUAUACAUACUUAUUUUUUGCUGUAAAUUCUGGCAGAUUCUCAUCUUACUUGAAUAUCUCGUGUGUGAUAUCACAAAACCUGAAAUUCUAACCGGGAGUCAACCUGAUGCUUCCCUUCCAAGGCACAUGAGGAUACCAAUUGACCGUAUGCCACUUCUGGCAGUCUGGUUGCUGAAACUUUCCAGUAGCACUAUUCUUCUUGUUUGUGUCUCCAGCCACCUUUUAUACCAUGAUUAUACUGUACAAAUAAAUAAGAGGGGUUUUCUUUU